CCAGUAUCCGUGUUAGUACCCGAUCUUGUGCAACCUAAGUGACGAGUACUUAAAUAAGGUCGCCAUAGCAAUUCAACUGAUUUUCUCUAACAAUGGCGGCGAACAACGCUGACGAGGAGCUCCGCCUGCUCGACGAUGUUUUACGGUCUCUACCGGAGGCAGCAGUGAAUUAUCUCCUAACCCUCCGAGUCUGUCCUCAGUGUAUCCUUCGAUUAUUUGGGAAAUACGGACCAAUUUACACCCACUAUUCCCGAAUCUGUACUAUAUUGUCGGAAUUCGUUGCGCAUCAGCCUAGCUACGAUGAUCCUGUGCUGAAAGAGUCUGCCAAUGAGGAUGGUAUUUGCAGUGUUUGUUUUGGGAUUCUGCAGUAUGUUUGUGUGGAUGAGAAACAAGCAUUGGUGAACAGGGGUUGUGCCAAUGACUUUGCUGCAUUGAUCUAUGAACUGGUGAAAAAGGAAGGUCAUCUAGCAGAUAGCUUUUCUCUUGAAGUCUCUAUACCACCAAUUAUCGUGGAGAACGAAAAUGCUGUCAGGCUAUCUAUGAAACAGAAGUACAGUUCUGAGGAAUGGUUUCAAGAAACGCUCCAGUCUGAAGCCAUUUCAGUCAAGGAUUCACUGAAGCUAUCUAUAAUAGAGCCUCUUGAAACGUUGUUGGGUGUCAAAUCUGGUUCAAGCUCUUUCCGUGUUCGGUUGACUUAUACAUCUUCUGAAACGCCACUGAAGACUGAUAAUGGAAAAGAAAAUAACCAAGGCAGCAGGAAGCUGAAAAUAGGAAGGUCUGAAAUUACUGAGAAUGAUUUCAAUUUGAAGCAAUGUGCAAACAAUUUGCUAGAAGCAAAACCCUUCAGACCCCAUUGGAGAAGAUCUGGUAUACCAGCUUGCAGCUUGGAGGUUCUUUGUUCCAGUACACCUAUCUAUAUUGGGGGUAGAUACUUGAAGUACUCUAGAAAUGUGAGCCAGUCACGAUGGAUUAUUGAUGAUGAAAGAAUGGGAGAAGCAUCUGUUGAGGAGAUUGUGGGAAAUAGCAUUCUUCCGUUGUGUAGGGGUGAUAAUUACAAGUUUCAUGCUGCUGGCAGAGAAGACAUAGAUGUCCGAAUGUUGGGCUCUGGACGUCCUUUUUUACUUGAAAUUCAAAAUCCCCGAAUGUUGCCAUCAGAAUUGUCACUAAAAGAGAUGGAAAUGAAAAUUAAUAGUUUGGAAGGAAAAUUGGUGAAGGUGAAAAACCUUAAAGUUGUUGAUGAACAAGUUUGGACCCUAAUGCGUGAAGGUGAAGCAGAGAAGCAGAAGCAAUAUACAGCCCUAGUGUGGAUUUCUCGUCAGCUUGAGGAUAAAGAUUUGAUGACUUUAUCUUUACUUAAAGAUUUGAAAUUAUCACAGAGAACCCCGGUGAGGGUACUUCAUCGUCGAAGUCCUCUAGAACGUGAAAAGAUAAUUCAUUGGAUGAAUAUUGAGAAGAUGUCUGGAAGUACCCAGUUUUUCCUCCUCCAUCUCUGCACACAGGCAGGAACAUACAUCAAGGAAUUUGUCCAUGGAGAUCUUGGACGCACUUAUCCAAGCCUUGGCUCGAUUCUGGGUUGUAGAGCAGAGAUCCUCCAGCUUGAUGUAACAGAUGUGAAGAUGGACUGUUUCCUGACUGAAUGAAGAUACGGUUUUCAAUAUUCUGAACAAACUCAUCAUCUUAAGUACUUCCACAACCAAUGGUGACCAGUCAGACCGAUUUAUAAUUUUUAGUUGGCAAGAGAAAAAUUUUGGGGUUUAGGGUGACUCAGGGUUUAGUGGCUAUAAUGUUUUUUCUCUCUUUUUUUAAUUAGUUAUUGACGAUAUGGAGUGGAGAAUAGAUUCUGCAAUUGAUAAACGUGUCUGAUUCAAAGGCACAGUUCGUAUGAAAUGUAUCGAUUUAAGAGACCUCUUUUUGAUCACAUAUGCAUAAUUGAUAAUACCGUAUCUAAAUCAUAUGCAUGAUUGCAUAUUAUAUUAUCAAUCAAUUUUACGUUUUA